AUGGAGACAUUACGGAUCUCUGCAGUUCCUGACCGGGCUCGUAUCAGACGAUUGAGUAAGAGUCAACUAUCAUCAGUUCCUCGUGCCAAUAGUGUUCGUUCUUGUUCGAUCGUAAAGGUACGUCGAAUACCACCAGCAACUCAGAGACUGAGUCAACGUGAUUCUCAAUCGGCUCAUCAUGUCACUAAUACUGAUUUUGAAUCCACAUCGGACAUAAUACCAUCUCGUAUCUUAUCAACUUCUUUUUGGCUUCCUAUCAAACGGCUAGAUCGAAGAAAUAUUCAAUCCGAUCAUAAUAACAAGAGUUUGGCACUUCACAAAGGACCUUUGAAGAAAACUUCCCGUAUUCAAUCAACACAAUAUCAUCGUCGUGUAAUGCCACUAGAUCAAUUAGGUUCCCUAUCGAUUGAUCUAUCUCGGAGUGCUAAUACUCGAGCCACGCAAUCAAGCAGAAGUUGGAUCGAUACGGCGGAUAAAAGUAUUGCAUCCACGACUUCAACAUCUGCAACAACAACAUCAACAACAAAAACAACUACUACAACAUCGACAACGACAUCAACUACAACAAGUGCUACGACAACAACCACUUCGCUGGCACCAUGUGCACCAACCAAUAUCGGCUCUUCAUCCACUAUCUUGUCAAUUGUAUCAACUACCAGUAAUAGAUAUAUCUGUUAUGCUUACGAGUGGACAGCACCCAAUACAAGUAUAGUUACACUUGCCUUUCAGCUUCGUAAUGAUCCCAGUACUUGGUAUCUCGAUGAUGUGUCGAUUUAUGACGGAGGUACUCAAAUGUUGAUCAAUGGAGGCUUUGAAUCAGGUAGCCUCUCACCAUGGGUGGUAACAUUCCCAAGUGGGUCUUGUCUAUUCUCAACACCACAAGGUACAGUCUGUAAUACAUUUGCUCAUACUGGCAGCUAUGAAUAUUGUGAUGGAUGUAAUUCAGUUGCAGAUGAAGUCAGCCAGUCGUUCAUGGCCACAGCGGGACAAGUCUAUACCAUCAGCUUUUGGCUGGGGACGUUAUCAAUUGGAUCAGUAGAAACGGCUCUUGUUACCAUCAUGUGA